AUGGCCUCUGUAGAUGAGCUUAAGGCUCUAGGCAACAAGGCCAUCGCCGACAAGAAAUUCGACGAUGCUGUUGAGGCUUUCACCAAAGCCAUCUCAAUCGAUCCAAGCAACCACAUUUUAUACAGCAACCGAUCUGCUGCUUAUGCUUCUAAGAAGGAUUGGGCCAACGCCCUAAAGGAUGCUGAGAAGACCACCGAAAUCAAGCCGGAUUGGCCUCGAGGAUGGGGACGAAAGGGUGCUGCUUUGCACGGUUCUGGUGAUCUCAUAGGCGCAAGUGAUGCCUACGAAGAAGGUCUCAAGCUUGACCCUAACAACGCAGGAUUGAAGAGCUCACUUGCCUCCGUUCAGAGAGCCAUAGAGCAAGAUGGUGGUGGCCUGGGUGGUGAUCCUGCUGGAGGACUUGGCAAGAUGUUUAACGAUCCUAACCUUCUCCAGAAGCUGAUGAGCAACCCCAAGACCAGUGGUUACUUCGCUGACCCGUCUUUCAUCGCAAAGAUUCAAGCCAUACAGAAGAACCCUAACAACACACAAGAAUUAUUCACUGAUCCCCGAAUGAUUCAAGUUCUAGGAGUUUUGAUGGGCAUUGACAUGCAAAUGGGGGGUCCCGAUAGCAUGCCAGGUGCUGCUGGUGCUUCCUCCUCUGGCGCUAAGGAAGCCGAGGAAGAUGUCGAAAUGCCAGAUCUUACUCCCGCAGAUCCCAAACCUCAAUCCCAACCCGAGCCAGCCAAGGCCCCCGAACCUGAACCGGAGCCCGAGUUCGACGAGGAAGAGCUAGCUAAGAAGAAGGCCAAGGAAGAGGCCGACAAGGAGAAAGCGCUUGGCACCGAAAACUACAAGAAACGUAACUUUGACGAAGCCAUUAAACACUACACCAAAGCUUGGGAAUUGCACAAGGAUAUUACCUACCUCAACAACUUGGGUGCCGCUCAGUUCGAAAAGGGAGACUACCAAGCGUGUAUUGAGGCAUGCACCAAAGCUAUCGAAGAGGGUCGCCAGAUAUAUGCCGACUUCAAGAUGAUCGCUAAGUCAUACGCCCGUAUUGGUUCUGCAUACGAGAAACAAGGAGACCUUGCCGCCGCGAUUGAGAACUACCAGAAAUCCUUGACCGAGCACCGAACCCCCGAUACCGUAAACAAGCUUCGCGCUGCCGAGCGUCGAAAGAUUGAGGAGUCUAAGAAGGCUUACGUCGACCCCGCCAAGGCUGAAGAGGCCCGUGAAGAGGGUAACAAGAAAUUCAAGGAGCAAGACUUCCCCGGUGCCGUUAGCGCCUAUUCUGAGAUGAUCAAGCGUGCUCCGGAAGACCCUCGAGGGUACAGCAACCGUGCGGCCGCCUUCGUCAAGCUUUUUGAAUUCCCCAGCGCCCUCGAGGAUUGCAAUACUGCCAUUAAGAAGGACCCCAAGUUCAUUAGGGCAUACAUUCGCAAGGCACAGAUCUUCUUUGGCAUGCGUGACUACUCUAAAUGUAUCGAUGCAUGCAACGACGCCACUACAGUUGAUAGCGAACACUACAACAAUGCCAACUCACGAGAGAUCGAGCAACAACAACAGAAGGCGUUACAGGCUAUGUACGCAGCCCGUGAGAAUGAGACGGAGGACCAGACAAGAGAGAGAUUGAUGAAGGAUCCGGAGAUCAUGAGUAUCAUGCAAGACCCAGUCAUGCAGUCCAUCCUUCAACAGGCUCAAUCCGACCCGGCAGCUCUACAGGAGCACAUGCGCAACCCCAACGUGCGUUCUAACAUUCAGAAGCUAAUUGCGGCUGGUGUUAUUCGGGUUGGACGAUGA